AUGGAUGUUACUUCUUUGGGUUCAAAUAGCAAUACCCAAACCGACCAACACCCUUUGUUGAUGGAGCAGCCAGAAACUCGUGAUGGUCGUCAACACAUAAUUGACGUUACUGUGAUUGGUGAAACUCUAACCAUGUCUUCUCAUAACGAUCAACACUCUGAAAUGCAUUUACAGCAGAAUGGAGACCAGCCGGCUGGGAACACACAAGAUCCAACUCAUGAAGUAUCUUCAUCUUCUGCAUCCAGAUUAAACUCUAGAAAUUCAGCUUCGUUGAGAAGAGGUGAAGGUUAUGGUCAUCGUGGGAGUCCAUUGAAUUCUGGACUGUGGAUUUCUGUUGAGCUUUUUGUCACCGUGAGUCAGAUCAUAGCAUCUAUUGUUGUUCUGUCGUUGUCCAGGAAUGAAAAUCCCCAAGCCCCAUUAUUUGCAUGGGUUGUAGGUUAUGCAUCUGGUUGUGUUGCCACACUUCCCAUUCUAUAUUGGCGUUUUCGAAACCGUAAUCAAAGCAAUGAACAAGAUUCCUCUCAACCAUCUCCAGGAUCUUCUGGAAGCAAUCCUCCAGAUCGUACCUAUACUGCCAUCUAUGUUUCUCAUGUUUCAGACGAGGAGAAUGGUCAUGCUACACAAUCAGCCACUAGAAAUGCAAUAAUUCCUGGAGCCUUUACUACAAGGCUUAAUGGAUUUGUAGACCAUUUCAAGAUGGCCUUGGAUUGCUUCUUUGCAGUUUGGUUUGUAGUAGGGAAUGUUUGGAUCUUUGGAGGUCACACUUCUCCUUCUGAUGCUCCACAAUUGUAUAGGUUAUGUAUUGUGUUUCUUACCUUUAGCUGUAUCGGAUACGCAAUGCCAUUUAUACUUUGUGCAACUAUUUGUUGCUGCCUACCUUGUAUAAUUUCUGUUUUGGGCAUUCGGGAGGAUUUUUCUCAAAAUAGAGGAGCAACAAUAGAAUCAAUUAAUGCUCUACCAAUCUUCAAGUUCAAAUUGAAGAACAAUGCAAAUGGAGGUGAUCAGGAUGUCAAUACAGCUAUAGAUGAUGAUGGAAUUUUGGCUGCCGGGACAGAAAAAGAGCGAGUGAUAUCAGGAGAAGAUGCUGUUUGUUGCAUUUGCUUAGCAAAAUAUGCAGAUGAUGACGAACUUAGAGAGUUACCUUGCUCUCACGUUUUUCAUGUUGUGUGUGUUGACAAAUGGUUAAAGAUAAAUGCAUCAUGCCCUCUUUGUAAAACUGAAGUUGGUACGAGUAAUGGAGGGUCACCUUCAGCCUGGGACUCCAGUGCACAUUAG